GCCUGACAGGGUGCGGUACACAAUCCCGCGGAAGUCACGUUGUGCAGCUGCUGUCUCCUGCCGCUGAGCCUUUGGGAUUCCGUCGGGCGCCGUGCUAGCGAAUCCGUCGGCGGACACUUCGUGGUCGUGGUUCGAGCCCCGUGUGGUUGUGGCGAGGCAAAGUGACGAGAUAUUAGUGCAUUACAAACUCUCCGAGCGUUUGAAGUGACAAUGAGCCGAGGCGAGCGCGCGAGCGGCGCCGUCGCGUGAGCCUGGCCGCCCGAGAGCGAGGCCCGAGCCGGCAGCGCGGGAGCCUCGGCGGCCCCGGGAUGUGGGACGCCCUCCGGCCCGCCCCCGGCCCCCUGCGCGCGUGAGGGCUCGGCCUCGGGUGACGGCGAGCGACGGCGGCCGGAGAUCGCCGCCCUGUUCAGGCACAACGACCCAGGCGCCUCCCCCCAUCUGGUGGGCCAGGAGCGCCCACACCCCCCCGCUCUCCGAGCCCCGCGCCAGCCCCUCGCCACGCGCGCCGCCCCACCAUGCGUCCAGCCGGACGAGUGGCUGGGGUCCCGCGUCAGGAAGAAAGGUGGCGGGUGCCACGGUGAUGGCGUCAUGUUGGCGGGGGAUGGGCGUCCUGCUGGGGACCUGCGUGCCUUCCCGCCCCACAGACUCGCACCCCGCCCACACCCCCACCCCCCGAGUGGCCCACCCUUCGCCCACACCUCCGUCCAGCGCCUUUGCGACGGUCCGCGCCCCCCACAGCGCUUCGCCGGGACGUAGCCGCAACCACCACCGCCACCACCAGCCGCAGCAGCCGCCGCCGCCGCAGCAGCAGCACCACCACCCGCACCACCAGCCGCCGCCGCAGCCGCAGCCCAGCGAGGGCCCCGGCGCGCGCUACCUGCUGGUGCGGCCCGCCACGGCCACGCCGCCCUCGCCGCGCCGCCGCCACCAUUCCCGGACGCCCGUGGGCGGCGUGAGCGGCCACGCCGGAGGAGGACGGGCCGAAGGGCGGGCAGGGCGGGCGGCAGACGUGGAGGGUACACCGCCCCUACUGUUGCUCUCACAGGCCCUCCACCUGCCCCCUCCCCCACCACACCUCGCCUCCCUCAUCUACACCUACGGUUUUAAGUGCCCCAUUUGCUCCAAACUUGUGUUGCCUGAUGACCUGGAGUGCCAUCUUGUUAUCUGCCUCACCAAGCCACGCAUCAGUUAUAACGAGGAUGUGUUAACAGAGGAUAAAGGAGAAUGUGUCAUAUGCCUGGAAGAUCUCUGCCAGGGAGAUACAAUUGCUCGGCUGCCCUGCCUCUGCAUUUAUCACAAAACUUGUAUCGAUGAGUGGUUCCAGGUGAAUCGAUCGUGUCCUGAGCACCCGUACGAUUGAGGCUAAGCACAGUUUUAAUUAUGAUGAAAAAAUGCCUAUGUGCCAUUACUAUUCAUUGUGCCAGUUGGGGGAGCUUCACACAGGUGGAUGCUGCCCCACAAUCAUGGGAAGGGAGGAACUUAACUCCUGUCUAUACUAACCUGUUACUUCUGAUAGACUUACAAAGAAAAGAGAAUUAAGAUGACUGACUCUUACUCACUCAUUUUGAUGGUGAUGAAAGUAACAAGGAUCUUAAAGACAUAUUGUAAUAUGAGGAAUAAUUUCUUGUAUUUACAUAUUCCAUGUUUUUGAUGUGGGAUGCAGUUACAGUAUGCCGAAUAUCAACUUCCUUUUCGAAGAUGAGGAUGCUGCAUUCGAGAGAGAGAGAGUGCAGUAUUUAAAGACUUUAUCUCCAGAUUUUGGAUGAUGGAGAUUUGUGAUUGGAACAUAAUAUCAGAUUUAAUAAAUUUCCAAGGAAGAGAACAAAGAUGACUGUUUCUUCAAUUUUCCUGAAGAAGAUAAAGCUUUUCUAGAAUAUACUUCCAGAUGAAGUCUCGUGUACCGUGGGAGACAAUAAUGGAAAAUUGUGCGACCCAUUUCAGAAAAUUUUGUUGUUGUCUAUCUCCGCAGUGGUUUAAGAGUGAUCCUUGUUUAAAGUGCUUCUGUAACGGCCCCAGAUUCUGUGGAGAUGAAGAAAGUACAGUUUGAGAAAUUGAAAGGCUCCUCACGAUUAUUCCCUUCCAAUCGAAUUUAAUGUUAGUUUUUUCUUCAUUUUACAUGCUGUGGAGAUUCAGCUGAUUGAUGGAGGCUGAUCUCCGAGCAAAAAUGCCUUAAUGUAACUGAAUGAAGUGAAUAGUAACAUAAUUAUUAUAUCAUUUGUUUUUGAUUUUAUAGAGAUGACAUCUCUAUAUAUUUUUCAUUGUGUAAAAUGUAUUUCAGGGUGUAGAGUUUGGCUGGCAAUUGUAUAGUACUUGUCACAAUGGUUGUAUAGACUGCUCAGGUAGUAGAACUAGUAUACUGCCAUAAACAGAAUUGAGCCUCGAUUAGUUGCGCUAAAGGCUUGGAAUUGCUCAUCGUACCUACCAUUGGUAUGAUUGCAUUUUUGAUACUUUGGCUAUAUAAGGAUUUGGUAAGUUUUAUGCAUAUACAAGGACCAAAUUUACCUUCACAGCUACAAUGUUAUUUUUCAGCAAACCAUGCAGUCAUUGCUUAUAUGACUAACCACUAGCCAAACAAGAAGACAAUAUAGUUUCGUUUCUGUUGCACGACAUGUGGACUUUGUCAUGCUAGCCUUCUUUUUUGCUAAUCAACUUGGAACUUUGACCUUUUUUUUAAUUUUCCAACAUAACAGGUUAUUUGUUCUAAGUCACCUUAUAUCCAGCAUUCAGACCACUAGGAAGACUCCCUAAAUGCAUUAUUAUCUUGAUAAUUUUUUUUUAUCCUUCUGCUUCAUGACACACUCCACAUCUUUGAUCUCUCCAAGUGGAGAUUAGAACAACAGAACAUGUACACUGAAUACCUUCUGCUCGAACUGAAGAAAAUGUCAACAGACUACUUGUACUAGGCUACUGCUCACGAUGCUCCAUGCAUUGCAUUAUAGAUGUCUCCAGAAGAGUUCCUUUUUUGUGUAUAAAACAUUGCUGGUCAUGUUCAUUCUCAUCAUAAAUUAGGCAAGUUUCUUAUCCUUCCUCUUUGUUUAGAGAAAUGAUUACCUGAAAUGCUCACAAAUAGUGAACACCUCGACUCAAUUAUGUUAGUCUUGGUAGAUUUAAUUUUGAUAUUUUUUCUUGUAUAGGGACACAAUGAUGCACACGGUUAAAUACAUGCCUUUUCUAAGUAACGGAAGUAUUUACGCGUGUGAAGAGAACGGAUCCUUCUCAUCCAGUAAAGUUCCGAGGUGAGUUAUGAUUUGAAGCAGUUUGGGCAGGACUGGACCUCAGCAUCGAUUCUUAUAUCUGGCUCUCGGAAGACGCCUGUGGGGAGGAGGGAAUUGCCAAGAAUUUUCAAGAUUAUUCUGAGACACAUUUGAUUUUUUUUUUUCUUCUUUUUCUUUUUUCUUUUUUUUUUUCCUUGACAUUCUUUUAAUCUCUUCGGUGUUUUGAUUUUUUUUCUUCUUCCUUUUUUUUUUUUUUUCCUCUCAGAUAGUUUAUAUCUAAGUUAAAAAAAAGAGCAUAUAUAUAUGGCCUUGGAGGUGAAGCACAUGAAUAUAGCACUUGAUAAAACAUACAAAGAACUUGUCCAGAAAUUACUUUUAAAUCUUUUAAUGACUACUGAACAGCUGAAAGACCAGUUACGUCGUCUUGAAUCUGAUCAGAUAACCUUUGACCAUGUUAUUCUGAAGCUAAAGAACUGCGUGUCAUUACAGAAUGUAUUGAUAUUGGCCGUGAUAUCAGACCGUACAGCAUAAUGCUGAAAUUAGCAAUUUUCACUACUGUAUGGGCAAAGCUUGAUGUAAAUAGAUUAGAUAUUUUGUAAUCAAAACUAGAGGUAAAGUGUGUUGGCAUAUAUGUUUGUGCGUAUGCUUAAGUGUCUGUGAAUGUUUAUAAGAUAAGAUGUUUAUUAAGAGAAUUAAUGUGAGUGAAGAUGAUUAUCUGUUAUUGUGAAAGAUGUGUGUAAGUGUAUGUUAUUGUGAAGUGAAUGUUGAUUUGCGAGAGUGAAAAUGUGGAAUAUUAGUUUGUAAGUUGGAUGAACUAGGGAAAUAUUAGGUUUAUGAAUUAUGAGGUCACUGGAUGAGUUAGUAAAGAAGAAAUAGCAAGUAGGGGGAGGUAGGGUAUAGGAGAAGAGAUAAAAGGGAUAGGAAAGGGAAGAGAAAAGAAUUUGAAUUAACAAACAUAAAGAGAAAUAAGGAGAAAGAAAUAGGGUAAGGGCUAUAUCAAGGGAGAGAAAAGGAGACACACAGGAAGAAGGGCUGUAAGAGAAAGAGGGAAUUAGAAAAGGAUGAAGGAGGGAGUGAUAGGUAUGGGGAAAGAAAGUCUAGUUGAUGAAAUAAAAAGAAAAAAAAGGAUGACAGACAAAAAUAGUAACUGGGGAGAGGGUGAUAGUGAACAGAGAGGUGUAAAAUGCAUGAGUGAGCAAGAGAGAGUGAAAGCGAGACAGAGGGAAAAGGUGACAGAGAAAAUUAUAGGUGUGUGUGUAUGCAUAUAUGUAUAAGGUUUGAACUUGUGAUUCAGAUAACAGAAGUGUAAUGUUUGGGACGGGUAGAUGGUAGUGCAGGUUUUAUAAGAAGGCUCCAACAAGCAUAGGCAUGGUUUCCUUCGUCUUAGUAGUCCGGUGGUCUCCUUAACUUUUUCUGCUGUCAUAGUUAAGUAGUGUCGGUAACUCGAUAGAAAAGUUUAUUUUACUCCAGUGAUUCCAUGGCCGAAGGUUGUAAAUAACGGUUGUCACUCGUCUUUGGUCUCCCCUUCCCAGACACCCCCCCCCCCCCCCUCUGAAAAGGAGUUCUUCGCUCCAGACGGCCCUCUUUUUCUACUCUUCCCGUUUCUACUUUCUUUAACUGGGCUUCGUAUGCACACAGCUAUUUAUGACAGACCUCACUGAUAUUGCCAUUUAAGAUUCAUUGUAGAGGGCAGGAUUCAGUGCAUGUUGUCGCAAAAGGAAGUUGUUUGGUGAGCAUGAGAGAGUGCGUGCAUCUGGGUGUGUAUGUGUCAGUGUGUCAGUGUGACUGUGUGAGUGAGAGUGUGUGUGAAUGAGAAUGUGUGUGUGUGUGUGUGAGUGAGAGAGUGUGUGUGUGUGUGAGUGAGAGUGUGUGUGUGUGAGUGAGAGUGUGUGUGCGUGAGUGAGAGUGUGUGUGUAUGAUUGAGAGAGUGUGUGUGUGAGUGAGAGUGUGUGUGUGAGUGAGAGUGUGUGUGAGUGAGAGUGUGUGUGUGAGUGAGAGUGUGUGUGUGUGAGAGAGUGUGUGUGUGUGAGUGAGAGUGUGUGUGUGUGUGUGUUGUGUGUGAGUGAGUGAGUGAGUGAGUGAGUGAGUGAGUGAGUGAGUGAGUGAAUGUAUGAGAAAGAGAGUGCAAGUUAAGAGAGAGUGUACGAGUGGGUGAGAGAAAAAAAGUGUGAGAGAGAGAGAGAGAGAGAGAGAGAGAGAGAGAGAGAGAGAGAGAGAGAGAGAGAGAGAGAGAGAGAGAGAGAGAGAGAGAGAAUGAAUGAAUGAAUGCAAAAGUGUGAUAGAAUGAGAGUUCAGGAGUGUGAGAAAGUGAGAGAGUAAGAGAAAGAGAGUUUGAGAGAGAGAGAAAUUGCAAGAAAGAAAGAUACUCUGUUUCAUAUGUAUCUUGGUUAGCACAGAAGUUGCCCCCCCCCUAACUGCUGACCAUCCAGGAAGUUUCCUUCUACAGGUGUACCAUACUGAUAGUGGUCUCUAACUUGUUCUUGUAGUUCUUCGUGGGUGUGAUUCAGAAAGGUCUCGAACAAGAUGGACAGGAAAUGGGCAUUAACCACAUUGGUUGAAAGAAAGAUAAUUUUUUUUUUCUCCUUUUUUUUUUUCUCUCUCCUUUUUCUCGACACUUUCAACAACAGUCAGUAAACACUUUAUUGCCCAGUCUUGGCUUUUUUACCAGAGAAGCUAUUUUGAACACACCCAGUCUCUGCUUUUAACUAACUUGCAGCAGCAGCAUUGGUGAGUUGUGUUGACUACCACAUUCCCAUGGGGUCACGAUGCUAAUUUAUGUAGUCCAUCGCCCAUGGAGUCAUAUUCUGGUGUAACGUAGCGACAAGACUACGAUGCCACAUCUCUUAUCAUGUUGUUUUCCUACUUUGCAUGGAUCCAAUUUCACAUGUGUAUCAUUGUAUAGGUCCAGAGUAUUUUAUUACCCUACUCAGAUGUACUGUAUAUUACACUAAAGGUGCAAUGAUUUGAUAUAUGUUGUAGUUUUGUAUAUAUAUUCUAUAUAUUAGUGAUAUUAAUCAAAGAAAUUGGCUGUCAUCAUGGCGUCUGAUGCAAGACAGAUUAAAAAAACUGUUAGUGAGAAAUUUUGAAGAAAACGGAAAUGUGAUUUAUUCUUUUAGUUGAAAUAAAAUUUUGUACACCGCUGUGUUGCCCAAAAUUAUGUAUAAUAAUAAAGGCUGAUGAAUGUGGAA